AGUAUUAAUCCAAACAAAAAGUAUCACAGCAUCUUUGAUUUUAAACGGGAAGAGAGAUAGACAAUCAAUUUUGUAGGACCAUCCAUUGAAUUCUCACUGAUUCUAUUCACUCACACUGACAUUCCCAACCAUAAAAAAAGUUAAUAUCAAAUUUAUCAGCUAGUAAUUCCCCCAGAUCAAUGGCUUGCCAAUUCUCAGCUUUAUGAGGACUUAGUUAGUUGCAAGGUUUGGGGAAAAUAGUUAAGCGUACGAGCAUGGAUAAAUUAACUGCCGACUGUCCAUAUCCUGGAUGCUUCUUCUGUGUAAUGAAGGAAGGAAACCCAAGCAAGCGCAGAGCCAGUGUGCUAAAAUUCUUCCGGGAACUUCCUUCACAGGAUGACGAUGGUCAAGUCCUUCCCAUCAGUGGCCUUUGGAACACGGCAAUGGCACAUCCUAAUGAUUCUGAGUUUAUCGAGCUUGGUAUUUUCGAAUGCAUGACAGCACUCAUCUGGAAGGGCCUUAAGAAUCGCCGUUGGCUGUCUCACGACCAGAAUAUAUACAUACCUUACUAUGCAGCGCACAUAAUUGGGUCGUACACUAUGAACAUGGAAGAGUUUGCUGAAAUGGCUGUGCACGCGGGGGUUAUCCCAGCGUUGGUUGAACUUCUGAGAGGAAGGUUAACUUGGGUCGAGCAGAGAGUGGCAGUACGAGCUCUAGGUCACUUAGCUACGUACACCAGCACCUUCCCUGCUCUGGCAAGCCACGGGGAGAUCCUGGAGCUUGCUAUGCAGCUAGCAGCAAGUUCACUAGAAAUCGUGUACACUCACUUUUACCAGUAUGUCGACAGGAGGCUUAGUUAUCACUGUGAUCUUCUUACACGUGGCAUGGGUGGCGUUGAAAUGGAGUCAAGGAAGGCUGAAGAAUGGGCUAGUCAGCUGCAGUGCUGGUCUCUUCAGCUGAUCAAUUGCUUUGCCUUUAAACAUGAAUUUCUUCCUACUAUAUGCAAACCGGAAUUUUUAGUAAAGCUUCCUGAAAUGUGGGGGGGACUAGUUAACGAAAACUCUCCUGCUGGAAUUGGGUUAUUGCGAACAAUCUGUCAUCAUAAAUUGGGUAGGGGCCCGGUGGCUAGCUGUCCUAGUAUUAUAGAUGCCCUGUGUAAUAUAGCACGAUCAUCGGAUGAUUGGCAGUAUAUGGCGAUUGACUGUCUAGUUGCGUUGCUUCAGGAUCCAAGUACCUGCCUUAAGGUGAUUGAUACAGCCCUGCCCGCACUACUUGACCUCGUGGAAAUAACUACACUAGGGGAGCACAAGAAGCUUGGAGAUUCAAUUGUUAAUGUGCUUCAGGAAUGUAUCCAGACACACGGAAUAGGACGCAAUUCAAUCAGUAGUCGUGCAAAGGAACAGGUUGAGGAGUUGCUAAAUUCACGAGAGCAAUUGAAAUGGGAAAAAAGUAUGCCAAAAGAGGAUCUGCACAUCAAACAGGCAGCUGCCUUAGUGGUUAAAUUGGAAGGAAAUUCAUUGUUUUCAUCGGGAGACAUUUCCGGUGCUGCUUUGAAGUAUUCAGAAGCACUGGCUUUGUGCCCAGUCCGGUCUAAAAAGGAAAGGAUAGUCUUGUACAGUAAUCGAGCCCAGUGCAAUCUCUUACUGCAGCAACCCAUGGCUGCUAUAAGCGAUGCCACCCGAGCGCUCUGUCUUCAGAAUCCAGUAAACCUUCACGCAAAAAGCUUGUGGAGACGAGCGCAGGCCUAUGACAUGCUUGGAUUUGCAAAAGAGAGCUUGUUGGAUGCUAUUCUGUACAUAAAUGAGUGCUCACAGUCGACUGAUCAUGAUGCAGCCUCAAGGCAAAAUAAGGUUCCUGAGUAUGCUGAGCGAUUUGUUAAGAAACAAAUACGUGCUGCUUGGUUAUUUAAAGAUGCUGCUGCUAAACAUGGCGGUGUCCACUGUGAAGGUGGUGUGAGUGAUGUUUGCAACCAAGAGACUGAUGAUUCCGAAUGGGAAACAGCAAGCGAAAGCGAUAUGGGAGAUGAUGAAAAGGUCAGAUUGGCUGACAAUCUGAAGAGCGAAAACAGGAGAAAAGAUAGACUCACUAAAGCUUCAAAGAAAGACAUGAAGCAAGGUUACAAUUUGCAGCUCUCUAAGGAUGAACCAUAAUCAUGGCCAGUUUUUAAGAAGGAAGGCUGCUCUCUCUCUCUUUCUCCAAUUUUUCUUUUUACUGUUUUUUAUUACUAUUACUGUUUGUUUUUUGGUAUCACAGUAUACCUUUGGAGUACUGAUCAGGAUCUAUGUUCAGUUUGUAACUUAUUUCCUAGUUUAUUCUUUUGUAAAAUGCACAAAAUAUUGGUGUCAUAAAAUUUAAAACUUGACUACA